AAAGCUGUUUCGUCAAGAUGGCGCGUCGAAACGGUAACAAGAAGUGGUCAGCAGCGUUAUGAGUAUUAAAAAGCUAAGUUAUCGUGUUUUUCGAAAAGAUAUCACGUCAGAUUGUUAAAAAAUAUUGCAAAUUUAUUAAGUACCACAUGAUUUACGCCGACUUCUAUCAACGUUCGACAAAUAUUCGAUCUGAGGUUAUCGCGCCCAACAUAUAGCCGACUUUGCUUAAUCGUUGAGUUAAGUGCGUAUAUGCAAUACUUAUCUUAUCAACACGAUGGCCGAUCUACCGUACAAAGACGGAUACGAACCCCGCUAUUGACUGCAGAUUAGAAGGAAUGGCGAUGCACAGCGGAGCAGGAUCGGAUGGAGAUAUGAAAUUGGAGCCAUCUAGUCCUACCGAAAGAUAUACCUUUUCCCGAUGCAGUAGCACUGGUUCCAUCAAUACUCCUUCGUCAUCUGCACAUAACACUGAAGAUGAAGACAGUGACAAUAAAAAUUCUACAAUCAGUUACAAAGAGCGUCGCAGAGAAGCUCAUACUCAGGCAGAACAGAAACGAAGAGAUGCCAUAAAAAAGGGUUACGACUCUCUUCAAGACUUAGUUCCCACCUGUCAGCACACAGAUUCAUCUGGCUACAAAUUGUCUAAGGCGACAGUUCUUCAAAAAUCAAUUGACUAUAUACAGUUUCUCUUGCAACAAAAGAAGAAACAGGAGGAGGAACGUAAUGCUCUCCGAAAAGAGGUCGUAGCUCUAAGGAUAAUGCAAGCCAAUUACGAACAGAUCGUCAAGGCUCACCAGACCCAGCCUGGUCAUGCUGAGGCACGCGUAUCGGACGAAGCUAAAUUCCAAGUGUUUCAGGCAAUUAUGGACCGCUUGUUUCAAACUUUUAGCAACGUUUCAGUAGCUAAUUUUGCCGAAUUAUCAGCCUGUGUAUUCAGCUGGUUGGAGGAACAUUGUAAACCGCAGACGCUUAGGGAAGUUGUGAUAUCCGUUUUACAGCAGUUCAACAACCCUAUCAGCUAGUCAAUGGUAUAAAAUAACUUUAGAUUAUGUUUAUGCUUCCAAUUGUUGAUCAACGAUCUUGAAGUACUAUUGCAAUUCAGAAAACAAGCCAUUCCAAUGAACUUCUGUGAUUGCCAAUGGAAGCCUAUUGAAAAUUACCUCUCAGUUACCAGAGAACAUAUAAAUAUAAAUAUAUAUACAGUUGUACCGUUCACUUGUUCGCCCUCAAGCAAUGGAACAAACUUUGUGAUUCUAGCUCGUGUGAUAAGUACCUAAUAUAAUUGAUCACCAUUGGAUAUCAGAUUGUGAAUAACUCCAUAAACAACCUGCAAUUACUAUGCAUAUACAUUGCUGUAUUAUAUUGUCUUUUACUAUAUUGUACAUAAAAUGAUAUACAUAUAUAUUUUGCUUCAACUGACGCGAUUUAAUUGAUAAUUUGACGUUUUUAUUAUUCGAAAAGAAUUUACGUUGCUAAAUAUCAAGUUGGAAAUCUGUUUGCGGUAAAAAUCAGUAUAAAUAUUCCAAUUUCUUGAGGAUGAUAUUACGAUUUUACUAUUCUUAUGGGAAAAAGUUUUGAGUAUGCCACAGGUGUACAGGAGCAUUAUCUCUAUUUGAAUUUAUGAAUAAGUUUGCGCGCGCAAAGAAAAAUCUGCGCGCAUCGUUGAUGUCGAUCAACAUUAAAAUCCGUAAACAAAGUUCACGUCGAAAGUAGAAAAUAGAGAUGCAUAGUCAUCCAAAGAACGCAAUUAUUUUGCUUUUAUUGUAAAGCAAUUGCAAAGAAUUUUAGUUGCCAAUUAAUAAUAAUUUAAAUGUACAGUGAUUUCAGGGCAGCGCAUUUUACAGCGUUGUACGUUCAUAGAUAAUUUUACACAUUUUCAGAGGUUUUUCUUUUAUUAUUACAAACUAUAAACCGUUAUGUAUGUACCCACGUUGUAUACAUGUUUAUCUACAUGGAAUAGCUGUGCUAUUCUUGGUUUCAAUCAACAAUAAAAAUAUUUACAUUGAAA